ACUCUUUUCACCUUUUAUAAAUCAUCACAAUUCUCAUGCAUAUAAUAGAACCUCUCAAUAUCCUCUCAUCUCAUCUCUUAGUACUCUCAACAUCAAAAACAUUAACAUGGUCUCUCUUGAAUCUGAACCUGUUCAAGUUAACCUCAGAUCUAGUGAUGCUCCUUCAAGUCCUAGAAUAUCUUUCUCAGCAGAGUUUCUAGAUGAAAACAACUUCAUCACUAUAAGUCCAAAUCCUCUUUACCAAGAGAAAGACCAACAUGAAAAAACAAAGAACACAGAUCAGUUUGAGUUUCUGUCAAACAACAACAUGACAAACAACAACACAGUUUUAUCAGCUGAUGAACUUUUCUUUGAAGGCAAAAUCCUUCCUUUUUGGCAGAUGCAACAUCUAGAGAAGCUCAACAAGAUCAACCUGAAAGCAAAAGACGUUGAAGUAGAAUUAGAAGGAGAAGAAGAAGAAGGAGAACAUGAACAUGAAGAGGAAGUGAUUGAAGUUGUAGUCAACAACAAAGAAGAUAGUAGUAGAGUAAAUUGGUUUGUUGAUGAUGAUCCAUCACCAAGGCCACCAAAGUGCACUGUUCUAUGGAAAGAGUUAUUAAGGUUGAAGAAACAAAGAGCUUCUUCUUUAUCGCCUUCCUCGUCUUCAUCGUCUUCGUCUUCUAACGCUAGCUCGCUCGGCGACGCGGCUGCUAAAGAAGGCUCGAGAAACAAAGAGAAUCAACAUGUGAAGAGGAUAAAGAAAGGGUUGGAGAGAACAAGAUCAGCUACUAUUAGAAUUAGACCAAUGAUUAAUGUUCCAAUUUGUACACAAAUGAAGAACAGUGCUUUGCCUCCACUAUUUCCACUUAAGAAGGGUAAAUUAGAGAGAGUUUCUCAGCAUGUGAGUCCCACAUGAGGAUGGGUAUCUAUCAGCCACAAACAUUUCAUCAGAGAAUGCUAAAUCAAUUAUCAACAAGUGGUAAGAUCUUUUGGAAAAACUAAUAUUAUUAUAAAGCCGAACAAAACGGGUCGUAAAUAUCGUUCACACUUCAGUUAUUUGAAUGGCCAUCGCGCGAUUCUGUCACGGUAAGUUGUUGAGCUAGCUAUGAUAUGGAGAUUUCGUUGGUUCGAUUUUUAAAACAUUGAUAGUACAAUUUCGGCGCACGCCUAGUCCCGACUAAAUUAGAACCUACCUUUAUACGGUACAAAGGGUUAGUUUUAGAGAUGGGUCAGCAUAUAAUCUAGGUGUGUUCAGAUGCAUGGCCUUAAGUUUAAAUUCUUCUAAUCAUUGAGAUGUGACUUGUAAGGAAUAUUUUUUUGAAGGAA